AUGGAUCAAAGACUUGAGCAGAUUCAGAAAGAGAUGCAAGAACAGUUACAGGAGCAAUUGGCAAAAAUCCAACAAGAGAUAAAGGAUCAAAUGUUGGAGGCUCAAAGGAAUAUGAUGGCUGAGAUGGCUCAGCUGUUGAAGGGGGCGACGGAUAAAGGAAAGGGCCCUAUGACCAUCACUGAAGGAGAUAAUGAGGAUCAUCCUCCGGGUUUCACCCCACCCCAUGUGCAAACUCAAGCUGAAGCAUAUCCUCGAAGGCCAUCCAUCACAAUAAGGCCUCAACAGGGUCAAGUUAAUGCUGGAAUACCCCUGAACUUUCAAUCUAGUUUGGGAUUCAAUCCUGGAGACAAUCCUGCCAAUCCGGUUAUCCCCGGUCUAGAUGUAGCUGAGAGGGAAGAAAUGAGACUCGAAUCAUCAAGGCAAUUGGAGGAACAUUAUAGAUGGUUAGGGAAGAAGUUUAAGGCAUUUGAAAACGCUGAUAAUCAUCAGGGAAUCGAUGCCAAAGACUUGAGUUUGGUCCCAGAUUUGGUACUUUUCCAUAAGUUCAAGAUGCAAGAGUUUGAGAAGUACAAUGGGACUACUUGCCCUGAGACCUAUAUCAUUAUGUUUUGUAGACGAAUGACUGGAUAUGUAAACAAUGAUCAACUAUUGAUCCAUUGUUUUCAAGACAAUUUGGUUAGAGCAGCGAACAUGGAAAAGAAGCCUAAUAAAAGUUUUAAGCAAUAUGCCCAGAGAUGGAGAGAGGUCGCCAUGCAAGUCCAACUAUCGCUCUUGGAGAAGGAAACUACUAUGCUGUUCAUUAACACUUUGAAGGCCCUAUUCAUUACUCACAUGAUUGGAAGUACCACCAAGAGUUUUGCUGAUAUGGUUAUGGCAGGAGAAAUGAUUGAGAAUGCCAUAAGGGGUGGCAAGAUAGAGGGGGAAACUGCCAAACGAUCAGCCCCACGGAGAAAAGAUAAUGAGGGAUCUGGUUCGAGACAGAAUUCUAAGAAAAUCUCAUUUACACCUAUCCCGUUAACGUAUCGGGAGCUUUACCAAAGUUUAUUUAAUGUGCAUGCGAUAGCUCCUUUUCAUUUGAAACUACUGCAACCUCCAUACCCUAAAUGGUACGAUGCAAAUGCCAAAUACGAAUACCAUGCUAGAAUACUGGGGCAUUCGAUCGAAAACUGUACCGAUUUUAAGAAGGCCGUAGAAAGGCUUAUUAAGUUGGGGGUAGUGAAGUUCGACAAUACUCCUAAUACUGAAAACCCGUUGCCAAAUCAUGGCGAUCAAGGAGUGAAUGCCAUUGGCAAAGCUAGUGAGAGGAGAAUGAAGGAAGAUAUUGCUGAGGUGAGGAUACCUAUGAAGGUGAUUUGGGAGGAGAUGAUGAAGAGAGGUAUGUUAACCUCUAAAAACAAGAGAAGAGAAACAAGGAACUAUGGUGAGUUCCAUGAGAACGAAGGACAUGAAGUUCAGGAUUGCAAAAAAUUUAAGGCCUUGGUGCAAGGCUUUAUAGACAACAAAGAAUUACAAAUUUUUAAAGGUAGCUCUUAUGAAAAACAAGUAUGUGUGCUAGAGGAUGAACUGAAAGGAACUAGCCGGCCAAGGAUUAUUAUUUCACUACUAGGGAAUAAUGAAGUAGGGGCACAAAUGGUGCCUAAGAGUUAUGACUGCAGUGUGACAGUGCCGGAGGAUGAGAGUAUAGCCAGUACGUCUAAUGAUGUACAAGUUGAGGGUUCCCAUACACGGAGUGGAAAGCGGUAUGAUACGGUAGGCAUCAGAGAGGAGCCCACAAAAACAAAGAAUAUUAGUACGGAGAAGGAAAAAGAGGCUGAAGUGCCUAUCAAGGAGCCAGUAAAGGAGGAGGAGGCUAAGGAAUUUCUAAAGUUCCUUAAGCAUAGCGGGUAUAGCAUGGUCGAGCAGUUGCGUAGGCAGUCGGCUCGCAUAUCAGUAUUGGCUCUACUUCUGAGUUCUGAGGUACAUCGGGAUGCAUUAAUGAAGGUGCUCAAUGAAACAUAUGUCACCCAUGACAUAUCCGUUAGCAAGCUAGACCGUUUGGUGAAUAAUAUAAUUGCAGAUAAUUUCAUCUACUUUAAUGAUGAUAAAAUCCCACCGGGGGGCAGGGGAUUACCAAAUGAUGGUUCUCACAUGAAGACAUGUCAAAAUGUGGUAAGAGCCUUCGAUGGUACAGAAAGGAAGCUGAUGGGAAAGAUUGACAUCCCCUUGGAAAUUGGGCCGAGGAGGCCAUGGAUACACUCAGCGGGAGCGGUGCCCUCAUCGUUGCACCAGAAAUUAAAGUUGGUGAGGAUGGAUGAAUUCGUGAAUGCAACUUUCAUUUCAGAAGGGAGUGAGCUACCGGUGCCAAAGAUAGCAAGAGCCACGAGGAUGGCUCUACAAAUGAUGGUGGGAAAGGGAGCCUUACCAGGAAGAGGGUUAAGAGAAUACCUGCAAAGAGGGACUCAAAUUUCAGAACUGAAAAAGAAGAGAGAUCGCUUUGGUCUGGGCUUCAAGCCAGACUAUAAGCAAAGGAGGAAGGAAGUUGAGAAGCGCCAAGAGAGAAAAAGGGCGCGCCUUAAUGGAAGAGAAGUGGAGUGGGAGCCGAUAACAUUCCCUCCAAUAUCCCAAACCUUCAUAUUUGGAGGGUUACUUAUAGAAGAAAGUCAUCAGAUUAAUGCUAUACACGACGAAGGAUCGGAGCAAGGAAACUUUAAGGGCAUUCGCCCUUACGAACCGGGAAGCUCUCUGAACAAUUGA